GUCCCGCCCCGCCUUGCCCGCCCAGUGGACGCAUAAAAGGCCUGCCACAAUGGCAGCCCUUAACAAAGGACAAGCAGCGCCUGGCAAGCAAAUGGGUUAAGAGGCUGCAAAUAAAGAGCCCAGAAGCGAUUGUUAAAAUGAACCAAAUGUAAAUCGUAACUGAUUUUCUAAUCAAAGUGUUGAAAGCAACUGGAAAAACAAAUUACUGAACGGCAGUCAAACUAUGAGAAGCAACCAGAAACGUGCGCAAAAACGUGACGAAGAACUGGCGGCACGCAGCUCCGACUGCGAGGCCGAAGAUGAGGAUGAGGACGCCUUGCAGGCGGCCCUGAAACUUACGGUCGAUAUUCCAGACUGUGAUUCGCAGGACGCGAUAAUGGCGGGCAUGCCACAGCCAACGAAAUUUUGCAUGGCGGCGGAGCGAACUUGGUCCGCGGAGCUGCAGAAGGCGUCCCCCCAGAGAGCCAGUCAAAAGGAGAGAAAGCCGCCAGAAAUAGCCGUGGAAAAAAUGGAAGCCACAGAAAAGGUUUCGGUGCUGGAUCCGAAAAAGAAUUGGUCCACGGAGCUCAGAGAGUCGCUGAAGAGCUGGUAUGCGGACCUCAACGCAACCCAGAAACCAACAAAAAGGCCGCAGGAGGCACAGCAAACAUCCAGCGAAUCGAUUGACAACAGUGGUGGGCAUGGUGCUGGGCUGCAGCCAGAGGUAACCUGGUCAAAGGAGCUCAGAAAUGAGCAAGCGAAGGAAAGGCGGAAAGAAAAAACCUCGAGCGAGACGGAAAAGGAGCUGCUGCACACCAAAAAUAUCGCAUCAAAGUCUGUGACCUUUGUGGAACCAGGCUCCUUGAUGCAGCUGCAAACUGAAAGCAAUUUCGCCAGUCGGGAUGAGCAGCUCCAGAGCGAAGAUCUGCCGGCUGAGCGAAGUUCCUCGCAGGUGUUUAAGCUGACGCCCAAAACGUCCUCAGAGGAUCUGGACGCGCAGAUGCUGCACCAAUCCAGCAGAAUAUCGGAGCGGGGAUUUUUAAACUAUUUGCAUGUGACGGAACCCCAAGAGCUGGUCGUGCCGCGGCUAUCAAGCAGCAUUGGGCUGGAGCGCAUCACGGCGGAACUGGAAGGUAAAUUGGAACGAAUUGAGGCGGCCUCCAAUCCCAAGUCGUACAAAAAGCCAAAGUCAGCUGCCAGCACACAAACUCUCGACGCUGUGGAGGCGAAAAGCGAGGCGUUUGCUGUCCCAGCGGUGGACUCGGGCAUGGUGCUAAUCAACGUGCUGGCGUUGCCAUUUCAGCAGCCCCUAGCAAAUGCUACAGUUGAUGAAGGGAGUGCCGAGAGCCCAGCGAUACCGCCAAAAUCGCCAACGCCACCGGCACCGCCGCCGCCUGCUUCUUCAGUGGAUCCCAACGAUGUCAAGUUCAAGGACAAACCCGCCAACGAUGCAGCAGAGGAGGAGGAGCAGCAGCAGCCCCCGUUGGAGAGCAAGAGCUCGCUGAUGCGUUCGGAGUCGAUGCGUACGUUGACCAUCACCGGACGCACGCACAUCAAGACGCAGUGGCGGGAUCAUUGCCACCUUGAGGCGCAGCACGAGGGCAUCGAUAAGCCGGCACGGCGGAAACUGCUCAUUGCCUGCGGGCUCUGUCUGGUGUUUAUGAUCGCCGAAGUGAUCGGUGGCAUUCUGUCCAAUAGCCUGGCGAUAGCCACAGACGCUGCGCAUCUGCUGACGGAUCUGGCGGGUUUUCUCAUCUCAUUGUUUGCCCUGUACAUCAGUGCCAGGCCAAAGACGCAGCGCCUGAACUUUGGCUGGUACCGCGCCGAGGUAAUUGGCGCCAUGAUAUCCGUGUACUUCAUUUGGGUGAUAACAGGCAUCCUGGUCUGGCUGGCCGCACAGCGCCUGUGGGCGGGUGAGCAUGUGGUGGAUGCCGAAAUAAUGCUCAUCACAUCCGCUGUGGCCAUACUGUUCAAUGUGAUUAUGGCCAUUCAGCUCAAUCACGGACACGGCCAGUCCCAUUACGAGCCUGGCGAGAUGAGUCGUCAGACGCGUGUCGCGCACGGCCACUCCCAUGAGCUGCAGCUGAUGGAAGCUUCAGUGUCGGCCCAUCCAGCCGCGGAGAACAUCAAUGUGCGCGCUGCCAUGAUCCAUGUCAUUGGGGAUAUGAUCCAGAGUGUGGGCGUCUUUGUGGCCGCUCUGAUCAUCUUCUUUCAGCCCGCUUGGGCAUUUGUCGACGCCAUUUGCACGUUUCUGUUCUCCAUUAUUGUGCUGCUGGUCACGUUUCGCAUCCUGAGGGAUGUGCUGAUGGUCCUGAUGGAGGCCACGCCCGACUACAUGGACUACGAGGAGGUGCAGCGCAAGUUUCUCGCAAUCGAAGGGGUCGAGCAUGUGCACAAUCUGCGCAUCUGGGCGCUGAGCAUCAAUAAGGUGGCGCUGUCCGCCCAUUUGGCCAUUAAGCAGGAUGCCGAUUCACAGCGCAUCCUCGAAGAGGCGACCACCAUGAUCCACAAGCAUUACCGCUUCUUUGAGACAACCAUACAGAUCGAGGAGUACACGCCCGGCAUGGAGAACUGUGCGCAGUGCAUAACGCCUGGCGGCAUGGCUGUAAUCUCCAGAGUGGAUAGCCGCACGGCACUGGCCAUGGAGGAGGGCGCCAGCAGUGGUGAUGCUGCGGCUGAUGCUAACAAGCGGCGUGUCAAGAAGCCAGUAAAUGAAACUGCAAAGUCUUGAAUAGUCGAAUUUUAUUUGUCCUAUGCGCAGAACGGAAUAAAACG